AUGGCGCGAGUCAUGGAGGUUGGUGUUGGUACAAAAUCCGAUGUCCACUUGAAAGUAUCGGGCAAAAGGGAUCGCCCAAUUUGUCAAAAAUCGGAAGUAUUUGACUAUACCCAUGAACAAGGAUCGAACAAUCCUCCAAGUAGUGCCACUUUCAAAAAGGAAGUUCAUCGUGAGAUAUUGUACCAAAUGAGUCCUUUAGAGGAUUGUACAUUGGCAACAAUGCUUUUGAGACCAUGCCCAAAAGCUCUUAUUCAUGGGGCCAUGUUUCCUGAAGGUAAGGGCUCUGAUAAGGUGCCACGUGUUUACAUAAAGACAUUGCGUGACAAAGUGUACUCACGUGAGCAACAAGAUUUGUUUAUCAAGAGAUGGCCACCGUCUGAUGUUUAUGAAAUUGAUAGUGAUCAUUGUCCUAUGUUCUCUAAUCCCUCUCAUCUCUUUGGCUUAAUUACUUCUUAA